GUUGGAGCUGACUGAGACUCAGACUCACACAGAGAGAGAGAGAGAGGGGGCCGAGGAGGCUGAAGCAGCGACCCUGGACGGUUUCUAUCUUUUUCUUUUAACAUAUUGACAAGUUUUAAAACAAUUUAUCUUCAGAGUAUCCUGUGGAAGCUGUGGGUUUAGUGUCAGCUGGUGCGUAAUUUGUUGUUUUCCGAGUUUGGACACAGAGGUCGUUCAACACAGAGAGAGAGAGAGAGAGAGAGAGAGAGCACCGUUUUGGAUUAUUCAGUGUGUGUUCAGGAACAAAAAACACACAGCUUUACUUCUUCUACUUCACCUAAAAAAGUUUGGACUGUCAACGCAACACUUUCUUCUGUUAUUAUAGGUAUGCCUGUGGACAUCAGCGCGUCCCCGGACAGGUAACCAGGCGUGUUGCUGCUGUCAUGGCCUCGCCAACCCUGCGGCUGAAUUCUGUCACUGUGGUCACAGUCCUGGUGGCGCUGGUGUCGUCUUCAGGGGACCAUGAGUGGCACUUUAACCCAGCACAGUGUCGUUACGCCCUGGGGAUGGAGGAUGGAACCAUCCCAGACUCUGACAUCACCGCCUCCAGCGCCUGGUCAGACUCCACUGAGGCCAAACAUGGAAGGUUGAGUACCGGAGAGGGGGAUGGAGCGUGGUGUCCUAAAGAAGCCGUUUUCCCCGGCGGAUCAGAGUACCUUCAGGUAGACCUGCACAAACUCCACUUCCUGGCUCUGGUUGGUACUCAGGGUCGUCACGCCGACGGGCACGGGCAGGAGUUUGCCCGCAGUUAUCGGCUCCGCUAUUCCCGAGACGGAGUGAAAUGGAUCACCUGGAAAGACCGCUGGAGCCAGGAAGCGGUGUCAGGGAAUAAGAACACCUAUGAUGUUGUGCUGAAAGACUUGGGCCCUCCCAUAGUGGCCCGCAUGGUGCGCUUCUACCCGCUGGCUGACCGGGUCAUGAGUGUGUGCCUUCGGGUGGAGCUCUACGGUUGUGUGUGGAACGAUGGGUUGAAGGCUUACACAGCUCCAGUGGGUCACGUCAUGCACCUAUCUGGCAUGCCUGUGUAUCUAAACGACUCCACCUACGAUGGGAGCACGGAGCAAGGGACGCAGUUUGGAGGCCUGGGUCAGCUGUGUGACGGCGUCCUGGGAGGAGACGACUUCAUACAAACUAAAGAGCUGAGGGUGUGGCCCGGGUACGAUUACCUGGGCUGGAGCCGGGAAGCCCUCGGGCAAGGCAGCGUGGAUAUUGAGUUCCAUUUUGAGAAGCCACGUGUCUUCCUCAACAUGCAGGUGCACAGUAACAACCGCCACACUCAGGGUGUGCGAGUUUUCAGCAAAGUAGAGUGUCUCUUUAAGCCUGGCAUCCUCCAGCCCUGGUCCCCUGAACUCACUCUGCCGGUGCCCCUUGAGGAUCUGAAGGACCCCUCCUCACGACCCAUCUCCCUCCCGCUGGGCGGCCGGCCGGCUCAGAUCCUCCGCUGCAAAUUCUACUUCGCUGACCGCUGGCUACUCAUCAGCGAGAUAUCCUUCCUCUCUGAGCCGUUUGAGAAAGAUGUCACAGAGAUUGAUGCAUUUCCUACUAAUCCUCCCAAGAUUCCCACCACCAGUUCCUCUCCUCCUCCCGUUAACCAGACGUCCUCCUCUCCCACGUUGAGCCACAGCUCCUCCAACACCACAGCCGGCCCGUCUGAACCCCCUACCACCACCUCCUUCAUGAUGGACACCACUGGUAACUGGACGCUGUCAGAUGCAGAAUUUGGUUCCGGCACUCCGAGGCCGGGGCUUCCUGUAGCCAAGGAUGACAGCAGUAAUACGGCUAUUCUGAUUGGCUGCCUGGUGGGCAUCAUCCUCCUGCUGCUGGCUGUGAUAGCUGUCAUUCUGUGGAGGCAGUACUGGAAAAAGAUACUGGGCAAGGCCCAGGGCAGUCUAUCCAGCGAUGAGCUGCGGGUUCACCUGUCAGUCCCCUCGGACAACGUGGUCAUCAACAACACACACAGCUACUCGAGCCGCUACCAGCGCAUCCACACUUUCCCUGACGACCGCGACCACGACAGAGAGGGAGAAGGAGAGUACCAAGAGCCCAGCGCUCUGCUGCGGCCGAGGGAUCAGAGAGACAGCACAGCCUUGCUGUUAAACAACCCAGCCUAUCAUCACCUGCUCCUGUCAGAUCACAGAAAAGGCUCGAGACCCCUAGUCGUCCCCAGCACCAAUCAGGCUCAGGAAAAGAGCCUCAAUGUGCCCCAGGCCUGUGGUUUGGACAUGGACAUGGAGAAGGGUUUCCCCCCGACUCAGGAGGAGCCUCCUCCCUACCCUGGCUCGCCUCCUUACCCCUCCCUGUCUCCCCCCGUGUCUCCCCCACUGCCUCCCAGCGUUCCUCAUUACGCUGAGGCAGACAUCGUGAGCCUGCAGGGCGUCAGCGGCAACAACACCUACGCCGUGCCCGCCUUGGCCUCCUCAAGCCCCGGGGCCGACGCCACCCCGCUGCCGGAGCUGCAGCGCCAGUGUCUCAUCUUCAAAGAGAAGCUGGGAGAGGGGCAGUUUGGAGAGGUGCACCUGUGUGAAAUCGAGAACCCACAGGACCUUCCCAACUUGGAGUUCCCCUUCAAUGUGAGAAAAGGUCGCCCUCUUCUGGUAGCAGUGAAGAUCCUGCGCCCGGACGCCUCCAAGAACGCCAGGAACGACUUCCUGAAGGAGGUGAAGAUCCUGUCUCGCCUGAAGGACCCGAACAUCAUCCGUCUGCUGGGAGUGUGUGUGAGCAGCGAUCCCCUCUGUAUGGUGACGGAGUACAUGGAAUGUGGAGACCUGAACCAGUAUCUGUCCCACCGAGUGCUUCUGGACAAGACAGGGCCUUCACACAACACCCCGACCAUCAGUUACCCGGCCCUCAUCGCCAUGGCCAGCCAAAUUGCUUCAGGAAUGAAGUUCCUCUCCUCCCUCAACUUUGUGCACCGGGACUUGGCCACGCGUAACUGUCUGGUCGGAGGUGAGAGGGGUGAGAGCGGAGAAGAUCAGGGCGGCGAGCGUCACAUCAAGAUAGCUGACUUUGGCAUGAGCAGGAACUUGUACGCUGGAGACUACUACAGGAUCCAGGGCAGAGCAGUGCUGCCGAUACGCUGGAUGGCCUGGGAGUGUAUACUCAUGGGUAAGUUCACCACAGCCAGCGAUGUGUGGGCGUUCGGUGUCACUCUGUGGGAGAUGUUAAGCGUUUGUCAGGAGCAGCCGUACUCCAACCUAACAGAUGAACAAGUCAUCGACAACGCUGGCGAGUUCUUCAGAGACCAGGGCAGACAGGUGUAUCUGAGCAGGCCGGCUGUGUGUCCUCAGGGUCUCUACGAGCUCAUGUUGAGCUGCUGGAACAGAGACUGCAAGCUCCGCCCGUCCUUCGCCGACAUCCACUCCUUUCUCACCGAGGACGCCAUGAACAUGGUGUAAAAGAGAGAAACACAACGAGGAGAAAAGGCAACGCUAAAGAGGGGAAAACGUCUCGUACGUUUACGCAUCCUUGCUACAGUGGGAAGGUGUGGUGGAGGUGCUGCACAGCAGGGGCUGAUGAGAAGGGAGAGGAAGCGGCUCGCUUUUAUAUUUGUACUUUUUUUGGGGUGGAUGGGGCUGAGACACCGCUGGUUCGGUUUGUUUCCAAAUCAGAACCCCAAACCCCAAAGGCAAAACUAACCCCAGCUUUAGCCAGGUAAGAGUUCACGGGUGGUGGGUGCAGUCUGCAUAGGAACUUUCUCUCUUCUCAGACACUUUAAUGCAAUGAGGGUUUGUGUGACAGGUUGAUUAAGUGCUGUAGAGUUAAUGACACAGGAAGCUGCAGAGGCUAAAUGACAGGAAAUACUCUCAAACUACGACCAUAGGAAGCUAGGACAUGAACAAUUAUUACGUUUUUUAUUUAUCCAUCUCAAAUGCUAUGUGCUGGGUAACAGGUACACCUACUGUACACAUUUUAAUCAGUCUAAAUCAAGAUUACUCCAUGUUUCAGCCCCUUUUGCCACAAAAAGUCAGUGAAUUGUCAGACAUGUCUGAUGGCUAACUUCAGAUCUCACCAUGUUUGUUGACAUGACAUCUUUAACCAUCCUCUAUCUCAACCCCAAAACCUUACAUAGAGACCCACAUCCACAGCUGUAACUCAAAGUUAUUGUGGACCAGACAACAGCGGCAUUUCUGCAGUGUUUAUUACGUCAAGUUUGCUCCCAACCACCGACCCCCCAUUGUAGUCAAAAAGGCGUUUUUUAACCCCAGAGAAGAACUGUAUCCCUGGUGCAAAAUGGACUUCUCAAACCUGAGAAAUUAGGCACAGAAGACGAGGGCCUGCUGCCGCCGAUGAUGACACGUGACCCACAAAAACUGGAACGGCUUUUCCAAGCAGAGAGACGAUACUGCCAGCCGAGAUGGCAGAGGCCGGAACAUCUUCAGAUGCGCCUGCUCAGGUGUUUUGGCGUUUUUUUGUGUAUCUGGCUGCGACCCAGACACAAAGAAAAAGAUGUAAAAAUUCCACAACCAGCUGCACUUUAAAUCCUACAUGCAUAUCCCUGGCUGCCUUCUCUGUGAGGAGCCUGAUAUGAUUCCGGUCGAUGUGGAUUCUAACGCAUUUCACCUGCAGUGAUUUCAGAUGUUUACCAACGAACAUCUGUCUGCCUUGUUAAAUCCUCCCCCUACAAGGCAUCGCCAAACCACGAGAUGUAAAAUAUUAUUUAACAAAUGGAAUGGCACCAUCAAUUCAUCUCAUUUUAAAAUGUAUGACAACCUUUUGUUUCGGUGUGUUGAGACACAUUUUCUCAUCGAUUAAUCAAUAUUCGCUCAUCCAAAUGCGUUACUGUACUUUAAAAACACAGUUAUACUCAAACAGGGAAUUCUGGGAGUCCUGCUUUCAGUGUGAACGUCAACAUCAACCUCUGCAUUAUCCCAUGUUAGUACAUUAAGCUGACGGCGUUAGAAUCAAUGCUGUCUACCUUACUGAUUGUAUAGCACUGUAAAUCAGUCCUGAGGUGAUCAAGAUUAUCAAGUAACACAUGUUUACUGAUUGUGAAUGGUUGAGUCAUUUUUGAUACACUGUAGUUCAACUAAUUUCAACAUAUUUUUAUAUAUUCUGUAUGUACUUAGACACUCCUUGAUGUCUGAUUUCAUCCUUUAGUGUCUUUGAGGUUGAGCAUAAUAGUAUGUACAUAUUUAAAGGACAGAAUUGUAAUUUCCUUUACUAAUAUAUGGAAAACUCUUUGUUACAUUUUGGGGUCUUCUGUAUCUCUGUAGAACGCUUGCUACCUUGAUGCCAUUGUAAUUCAUUGUUGUCUAUUUUUGUAGAUGUUUUAAUAAAGUUAAACUUUUCAAAUAAAUCAAGACAUGCCCUAGG